AUGCCAUCGGUUCGGUAUUCGCUGCAGAUUCACCUGCUGCUCUCGAUUCUGCUCCUGACAUCCGGACAGAGGUCGCCGCCGGGUCGAGUGCCUGCUCCGCCGCGACAGGAUCUGCAGACACCCAACUUCGAUGGCGAGAGCUUCGAGAGAUUCGGAGGAGGUGAUGGGGGUGGCCUAGCGAGUAGCGAGAGCCAGGAGAGCAGCGAGGAGAACAGCGCGGAGAUGCGGGAACAGUUGAAGCAGUUACUCGGCGAGCAGCUGGCCAAUGCCUUUGCCCCAUUGGCCACCACGCCCUUCUCGCCUCCAUCAACGGCAAGGCGGCCAGGAAUAAUUGCGCCCAGCACGGGGGCCGAGGCACGGGCUCAGUUUGCCCAAGAUCCGGAAUCCAACGAGGAGGAGGAUGGUGAAGGGGAUGAAGAAGAGUCCACCGAGGAGAAUACAACGCCUCAGCCUCAGCCUCAGCCUCAGCCUCAGCCUCAACCUCAGCCUCCAUCUCAACCUCAGCUACCAGGUUUCUUGCCGCAGCCUUCAGCUGGUGAGACCGAGGAUUCAGAGGAGGACUACAAUCCCUGGCGCGACAAUUUCUACGACCUUAACGAGGAUGGCAGCUAUAUCUUUGGUUACGCCAUACCCCAUGGCGUCCGUCGCUGGGAGAAGGGCUACUACUCUGAGGAUCAGCAUGGCCGGGUGGUCGAGGGCUUCUACGUGCAGCCCCGUCACCUGGCCCAGGGUCUGGGCUAUGAGCUGAGAUGCUAUAUAGCCGAUUCCGAGGGCUAUCAUGCGCUGCCAGUUGAGUUUCUGAUACGACCGCCAAGGGUGCAACGCGAAGAAGAGCCCCAAGUAAAUUGCUUUAAUAGUCACCGUAAACGGAUAUAG